UCAUGAUCCACACACCCACUUGACAAACGUGUGAGAUCCAAGCCAUUCAUCAUAUUGGUGCUCUCGUCAGGUAGGCUAUUCUUCUACAAACGUAUGCCCUACUUAAUGAGUGAAGUAUUUUGAUUUUUGGACCAAAAGAUGCUUACAGUGUGCCCUACCUAAUGAAUGGCCCGGAUCUCUCACUAAAGACCCAUAGCAUUCCUCUGAUUGAUGACAAGUCACCUCAGUAGAAAAAGGGUGAAGGAAAAAAAAUGGGGACCAGGAUGGGGAUUUAUUUGAUACACUAGCAACGCACAUCGCUCGAUACGCAGGCACUCAGAAAUUGUACACAUCACGAUAUUGUGAAACACAUUGACGCUAUACCAAAAUUGGAUUCGUCGAGCCAUCCCAACCUCUGAUUUAGGUCCACUUGUUUGUUGAAAGAGGACGAUUGGAUUCAUUUUUAUUUAUUUAUUUAUUUUUUCCAUUUCUACCGUCCAAUAAAUGUCCACUAAUCAAAUAAGCAAACUUUUUUUUUUUUUUGGUUCAAAAUACAUCUGCAUCAGCAGCAAAAUGAGGAAAAGUUAAACUUGAAUUACUUGUAUGCUAAAUAUGCAAUUCUAAAGUAAUAUCUAAGUGUCUGUGUAUCAAUCACAGGCUCUGCCAGAGUAUGGAAGAAUACUUGCCAUUCAAAUCACGUGCGCCUACCCACCUGCAUGUCUUCCCUCCGAAGAAAUGUAACUUUCUUGUAGUAAUCCCAAUUCCAGUCUAAAUACUAACAACCACCAUCCAAAAUGGCAGUUGGGGACAACACAUUUGACUCUUCUCAGAGUUAUAGAUUCCAAGAGAAACCUCACAUUCUCUCCGAAAUGUCGUAAUUAGGAGGAUUUGAGUAGCAAAAAAUACCAAAGAAAGGGGAGAGAAUUAUCUGCUGAAGAUAUAAAAAAAAAAGCAACUGAAAUUAAUAUGGGUUAUGCAGCCAACAUAGGGAAGUACCAGCUGGGUCGAACCAUUGGUGAAGGCACCUUCGCCAAGGUCAAGGUGGCGGUGAACACUGAGACGGGCCACAACGUUGCGAUCAAGAUCAUUGAUAAGCAGAUGGUCAUAGAUAACAAUCUCAUGGAUCAGGUCAAGAGAGAGAUCAGUACAAUGAAGCUUCUACACCACCCCAACAUCGUCCGUAUAUAUGAGGUUAUUGCGACCAAGAGGAAGAUAUACCUUGUGAUGGAAUAUAUCUCAGGGGGGCAGCUCACUGACAAGAUGUCUUACCUCAAACGAUUGCACGAAGAUGAGGCAAGAAAAUGCUUCCAGCAGUUGAUUGAUGCCGUCGACUACUGCCAUUGCAGAGGUGUGUAUCACAGAGAUCUAAAGCCUGAAAACCUGCUACUGGACAGUCAAGGGAAUAUGAAGGUCUCUGAUUUCGGACUCAGCAUAUUGCGCAAGCCUGGAGACUUACUAUCUACGGCAUGCGGUUCCCCGAGCUAUGUCGCUCCUGAGGUGAUUGCCAAUAAGAACUACGACGGAUCGGCAGCAGAUGUUUGGUCUUGCGGCGUGAUUCUUUUCGAAUUACUCGCGGGUUAUCUACCCUUCGAAGAUCGUAACCUGAUGAAUUUGUAUCGGAAGAUAUCAAGAGCAGAAUAUGUUUGGCCUGAGUGGUUUACAGAAGUCCAAAGAAAGCUAAUUUUCAGGAUAUUGGAUCCACGGCCUGGAACGCGAAUGACGGUGGCGGAAAUACUUGAGAAUGAUUGGUUUCAUAUAGAUUACAAGCCUUCUACGGGCAUCGACAGUGAUGAGAAUGUAGACUUGGAUGAUGUUAAUGCUGCAUUCGACAGCAUAGGAGAAACCACUGCUGAGAUGGAAAAAGCCAAGUCCCCAAGUUUCAUCAAUGCUUUCCAACUGAUAGCAAUGUCUAAUGAUCUAGAUUUGUCAGGCCUUUUUGAAGAAGAGGACAAUGACAAACAGAGAACAAGAUUGGGUUCGGAGCAUUCGAUUCACGAGACAAUAGAAAAGAUUGAGGUUGCUGCAAAGGAUGUACGCCUCUCAGUUGAGAGGAUGAACAAUUCCAAGGUGAAACUUCAUGGAACGAGGAUGCUUACAAGAUGUAGAUCACAUUUCACAGUAUCGGCAGAGGUGAUUGAGGUCGCCCCAACUCACUGCGUGGUAGAAAUAUCAAAAUAUGCAGGAGAACUAAGGGUGUACAAAGAGUUCUGCAAGAGCUUAUCAAGUGUGCUUAAAGAGGAAUCUGUAGAUGGUUCAUCACAGUUGUGCAUGUCUUCCACAGCAGAUGGAGUCGAUGGAAAUGAUCCUCAGGAAACAAAAUGUUCCAAAGAGGAUGACACUGACGAGGAUAGUAAAGAAUUCCUUCAGUGCUAUUCUUCCUUCUAAAACCGAAUCUCUCCUCACUUCUCAAAAUCCUUGCUGAACCAGUUUAGAUCUGCUUCCCAGAACUAAGCACAUGUGAAAAAUACCUAUACUUGUAACUCAUAGAAGUGUUGGAGAAAAGAUACAAGGAAAACAAAAACAAAAAGAAAGAAGAAAGAGUAUUUUUGUUCUGCUUGGGCUUCAAAAGUGUAAUUCUUUUGUGAAGUUUUUCACCUCCUGCAAUGUUUUGACAUUCUAUAUCAUUUUGUAAGAUGAUAAAUAACAUAAUAGGCAUCCUUUGACUUCU